CCAACCUGCAUUAGAAUUGGGUUUGGAGGCGGCAAUGGACAUCCGCAGCUUCUUCUCGCCUCAAGGCGGGGCAGCCAAGCCCAAAGAAGCAGCAGCCGCACCAGAUGUCAAAGCGUCGUCUGCGCCAGCCAAGGUAGCUCCACCUACCAAAGCCAAGGAACCGAGGGCGAAAGCGCCACCGGCGAAACAUACCAAGAAGAAACCGACCAGCGACGACGACUACGAAGACGAGGACGACAAGCCUGUCCAGCCUCGCCAAUCGGCGCGGCAGACGCGCAAAGUGAUCGAGUUGGACUCGGAUUCAGACAUCGAAGAAGUGGUUGCACCGCUAAAGAAACAGCCCAAAACGGUGGCGUCCAAGCAGCCAGCUUCAGUUGCUCCCGUCGCGUUGCCACAAGCGCCUGCUGCACCCAAGCAUGCACCAGUCUUGCCACCUUCUACCACCGCGGGGGCUACGUCAAACGACUCGGCCAUCAUCAAGUCGGUGGCGACGCGAGUACCUGACGGUCGCCCGGGGUCGUUGGACGGCCUGACCUUUGCAUUCUCGGGCGUUUUGUCUGGUCUCACCCGAACCGAAGCCGAAAUGACCGUGAAGCGAUAUGGCGGCAACGUCGCGGCCAACAUCACGGGCAAAGUCAAGUACUUGGUCACGGGGGACCAACUGGAGAAUGGGGGCAAUGUGGCCGAUAGCGCCAAGUACAAGGAAGCCGUGUCGCGCGGCACGAGGAUGCUGACCCAGAACCAGUUUUACAACUUGAUUUCCGAACGUUCCCAGGUGAUGCCAGCCGCCCCGCGUUCAUUAGCAACUCCCUAUGCAACGGCGAACGGCAAAGGUAAGCAAAAGGCGAACGUGGACCCGAAGACCGGCAACGCGAUGCUCUGGCCAGACAAACACAAGCCCAAAUCCAUGGCCGACGUCAUCGGCAACCAAGAAAUGGGCCGCCGGAUCGUCCAGUGGCUCAAUGAUUUCCACGACAUCCACGUCUCAGGCAAGAAGAAGGUGCCGUUCAAUCCAAAGUCCACGGAAAACCGCGGCGCGCGCACGGUGCUGCUGUCGGGCCCGCCGGGCAUCGGGAAGACGACGUUGGCGGGUCUCGCGGCGGCCGAGUGUCGCAUGGAUGUGACAGAGUUGAACGCGAGCGACGCCCGGUCGAAGAAAAUUCUACAGGCCGGAUUAAGCGACAUCGUCGGGACCCAAGCGCUGUCGUUCGGCACGUCCGCCAAUCAAAACGUCGGGUUGAAGCCGCGCGUGAUCAUCAUGGACGAGGUCGACGGCAUGUCGUCGGGGGACCGGGGCGGCAUGGCCGAGCUCAUUGCGAUCAUCAAAAAGUCCAAAACGCCCAUCAUUUGCAUCUGCAAUGACCGACAGAGCCCCAAGGUGCGGUCGCUGGCCAACCACGCGUUCGACUUGAAGCUGCGCCGCCCGACGAAAACCCAAAUCGCCACGCGGCUGCUGCAGAUCGCGGCCGCCGAAGGACUCCACGCCGAGCGGAACGCGCUAGAGGAGGCCGCCGAGCGCUUUGGCAACGACAUCCGCCAGCUGCUCAAUUGGAUGCAAAUGUGGAAACGAAGCCAGAAUACCAUGACAUAUGUUGACGUGGUCCAGCAGUUUUACCAGAGCGAAAAGGACGAGGUACUUCGUCUGAACCCGUUCAGUGCAACGCAGCAGAUCUUUAAGACUGGCGCGACGUUCAACGACCGCAACGAAGCGUACUUUGUCGACUACGACUUGAUGCCGCUGAUGGUCCAGGAGAAUUAUAUGCAGAGCCUUCAGAAUAAAAAGUGCUCGGCCGAUGACAAGCUCGAGCUGGCGUCGCUCACGACCGACAUGUUGGCCGAAAGCGAUCUCGUCAGUGUGUACAUUCGAAAGGAACAGAGAUGGGAUUUACUGACCAAGCAAGCGGCGCUCAACGUAGCAGCGUGCGUGUACUCGGAAGGGUUUGUCGGGCGCCCCGACUUUACCAGGUGGAUGGGAAAAAACUCGACGGCCAACAAAGCCAAGCGGUUGCUUGGGGAACUGUCCAUUCGCAUGCGAGCUCAUGCAUCCGGCGCGCGCAAUGCUAUUCGCAUGGAUUACGUGCCAUACAUGAAGGAAAUCCUCCUCACCAAGCUCUUGUCCGGGGACGAGGUACAUCCAGUCACUCUUUGUAUGAUAUCUAUGUAUCGUGCGAACCGAGGAAUUCCACAAUUAGAGCACGGACCAAGUGAUUGACAUGCUGGACGCGUGCGAAAUCAGCAAAGACGACCUGACUGACUCGAUGGAGUUUUUCAAACUGCCGGGCGUCGUGCGGCACUCGUACGCAGAGUUAGAUGCUAAAGCCAAAGGCGCGUUCACGAGGCAGUACAACAAGGUCGCGCACAAAUCGCAGGCGGUCGUGGAGGCCGACUUGGUGGCGAAACCAUCGGCCAAGCGAUCCUUGUCUAAAAAGGCUGACGACGGUCUGGACGACUUGGACGAGGGCGUCAACGACCAGGACGACGACGACGACGAAGAGGAUGAUGUGACGCGGUUUCAAAAAGCCAAAAAGGCCACGGCGGCGGCCAAGAAGGCGGCCGCGGUGAAGCGAAAGGCGGCCGACGGCACGACGAAAAGCGCGGCCAAGAAGGGCAAACCGCGUAAAUAAACAAAUAGUACUGUACAUACUACACUACCGGUAGUAACAUACCAGUAGUACUACCAUCGUCCAACACGAGCAUCCAUAGGCACGACCAAAUAGAUUAAGGAUACUAUUGGAUUGAUUCAGUACGAG